CUUGCGAUUUGCCAAAAAUAAACAGAUGACAUGACAAGCGCAAGGAUAACACGGCAGCCAACGGCAGUGGCAGGCAAUAAUGUAGCAAGGAUAAGGAUAAGCAAGUUACAAGGUCGAUUGGAAGGCCAUAAAUAGAGGAUCAUAACAGAGCUACCAGCUGGAACAACUGAGUAGGCAACCCCAGACCACAAAUAACGCAGAAUCCCCCGAUCUGACUGUGCUGCACAGAUUUACUAAAACUGCUCAACUCUGAGAGGCAGAAAAAGAAGUUUCUCAUUAUUCGCAGGGCUUAAAACUACCAUAUCUGCCUCGCCGGAUAGCUCCUUUUGUGUUCGGCAACUUCAGCGCAUAAAAUGUUUCACAUCUCCGCGCAGGAGUCGAGACUUAACAAUGCGAAUAAAACUGCAACAACUACAAUAAGACCAACGACCACAACAACAACAAUCACAUCAACACCACGCACACAUGGCAGCAACUCGUGCGGCGAUCGCAACGCUUGUCAAACGAUUGAUAUACGCAAAUUGGCAGCGACAGCCGCGCAACUAGAGGCAGCGAGUAAUGGGCAGCGCAACGGCAGCGUGUGUGCAACAGAAGCAGCAGCAGCAGCCACAUCGGUGGGAGCAACACCAACAACAACAGGGAAUAGCUACAAGUACAACAAUUGCGGUAACAACAUACAACGUAGUGGAAGUGGCAGCAAAAGCGGUAAUAGCAGUGGCGGCUAUGCAGCAGCAACACGAUCAAGGUUAAAAGCAACAGCAACAACAGCAAAUGAAAUAGCAACAACAACAGCAACUAAAACAACAUCACAAAUAACAACAAAAACACCAACUACUAAUAAUCUAGUAACAUUACCAAACUCAGCGGCAGCGACGAAAAUGCAUUCCAACAGCACAACGCCAAUGGUGGAGAGCGUCGUAAGCGGCAACGCGGGCGGCGCUGUGGUGCUAAAUAUAGGCAGCGCCACCGAUGCGCUACAACGACAUGGCAGCGCACGCAGUAAAAGUAGCGCGGGUAGCGGUAGCAUUGGUCAGCGGUCGACUCGCGGCAGUGGGAGUGGACGCAGUCGUAAUAAGCAGCGGAAAACUAGUUCCUCAAGUGUCAAGGGUGCCGCCGAAGGUGGUGGCGUCGGCAGUGGUGGUAGCAGAACAACAAAACCUAUAACAACAACAACAACAACAACAACAACAAAUAAUAAUCCUAUUAGCAAUAAGUUAAGUGCCACUCAAGAUGCGCCUGGCGCAAAGCAAGCUACUGCGGAGCGCAACACCGCGCAACGCUCAAGCAGCAAGCGAAGCGCAACUAAAGGUGGUAGUCAACAACAGCAACCACAGCGAAAUAGCGGUGCACUAGAUACACGCUCGCCACAACCAAGCCGCACCACGCGUCAAUCGCAAUCGUCAUCAUCGCGCGAACAUUCACGUUCACGCUCACGAUCCCGUUCACAACAACGCAGUGAUGAGGAGCGCGCAACGCGUCCGAGUGACCGCGAUGCGGCUGCCUUGACUGUGGCCCGACAACGUCGCCGGCAUGGCAGUCGCAAUUCAUUGGUGAGUGUCGAACGUGGCGGCCAGCUCGCGGAGCGGUCAAAGAAGCGCCCAACCGAGGUGGAGGAGGAUGAGGAGUCCUAUACGUCGUCGUCCGGUGUGAGUUGUAAUGGUUCAUGUAGCUCGGAUGAUGGCGAUUCGAACAGUUCGACGUCGAGCGGUGAACCGAAUUUGCCGUAUCCUGGCUUUCCGGAGAUCUCCUUCUGGAUCUUCACGCAGGACUCGGAGUUGCGUAAUUGGUGUUUGCGGCUUAUCACCAAUCCAUGGUUCGAGCGGAUCUCAAUACUGGUGAUACUCUUCAAUUGCGUAACGCUGGGCAUGUACCAACCGUGUGAGGAUGAUGAAUGCAAGCAGACGCGCUGUCGUGUAUUACAGUUCUUUGACGAUUUGAUUUUCGUCUUCUUCGCGCUAGAGAUGCUCAUCAAAACCAUAGCGAUGGGUUUAUAUGGCAAAAAUACGUAUAUGGCUGAUUCUUGGAAUCGCUUGGAUUUCUUUAUAGUUGUUGCUGGUCUACUGGAAUAUGUGACAAAUGUGGAAAAUUUAAAUUUAACAGCGAUACGAACGAUAAGAGUGUUGCGACCAUUGCGUGCGAUUAAUCGCAUACCAAGUAUGCGCAUUUUGGUCAUGUUGCUGCUGGACACGCUGCCUAUGCUCGGCAAUGUACUGCUUCUCUGUUUCUUUGUCUUCUUCAUAUUCGGCAUUAUUGGCGUUCAACUGUGGCAGGGCAUACUGCGUCAGCGUUGUUUUGUUGUACAAAUGCCAGUCGAAAAUUUUCCGGACCUACCCAAAGAGUACAGAGUUCGAGUCCGUGUUAACUCGAAAAAUCAUCAUUUUCUCUUGGGAAGUUUCUCCAAUUACUACGAAUUCUCCAAGGAGCAGGACUACAUUUGUUCCAAGCCCGGUGACUCUGGUAUGCAUUUAUGUGCGGAUUUGCCACCCUAUCGAAUUGGUGAUAUGAUUUGUACCGAAAAAGCCUCCAUAUUCAGUGACAAUCUACCAACAAAUACCUCCUGCGUCAAUUGGAAUCAAUAUUAUAGGGAUUGCCUAGAGUUUGGCAAUAAUCCGUUUCAAGGCACAAUAUCAUUUGAUAAUAUCGGAAUGGCAUGGGUGGCGAUAUUUUUGGUCAUUUCACUCGAGGGCUGGACAGAUAUUAUGUACUACGUACAGGACGCACACAGCUUUUGGGAUUGGAUCUAUUUCGUGCUGUUGAUUGUGAUCGGCUCCUUUUUCAUGAUUAACCUGUGCUUGGUCGUCAUUGCCACACAAUUUUCAGAAACGAAAAAACGUGAAAUGGAACGUAUGCGACAAGAGCGUGCACGCUACACAUCCACCUCAACACUGGCAUCGAGUACGAACAAUUCAGAGCCGGCCACGUGCUAUGCGGAGAUUGUCAAAUACAUCGCACAUCUUUGGCGGCGUUUCAAGCGACGCAUGUUAAAGAAAUAUCAAAAACAACAACGCAACGAAGGUCUCCUGCCGAACGCCGACAAUUUGACAUUCUCACCAUCGCGCAUUAAAUGCCAUCAUCCGAAGUGCCCCAAAUAUGGCAAUCGGAAGCCGUCGAGCAUACAGGAUCAAAUGAUCACCGUUAUGGUGCCGUUAAAUUCCAAUAAUAAUAAUGUGAGCAAUAGCAGCAAUAACAACAACAAUAAUGGCAGCAUUGGCGGUAGUGGUGGUGGUGGUGGUGGUGGUGGUGUUGGUGUUGUUGUUGCAGCAAAUGGCACGCGCAAUCAUCAUAACGUGGCAACAACAACAUCAUCACCAGCAACAGCAACAAUAACCAGCACCGCCACAUUGCAAGCAACAACAGCGGCAUCGAAUUUACCGAACAACGGCGCUGUGGCUGUGGCAACAACACCAACAGCAGCAGCAGCAGCAACAACAAAUGUAACAGCAACAAUACUGCCGCUUAUAGUAAAUGGCACUGCCAAUACAGGCUUACCAAAUAAUAUCAAUAACAAUAAUAUAAGUGUUGUUGGUCAACAGCAACAGCAACCACAGCAGCAACAACAACAACAACAACAACAACAACAACAACAACAACAACAACAACAACAACAACAGCCACAACAACAUUCUUCAUCUGAAAACUCCGUGCAAUCGCUAGAGCAGACAACACGUAAUUCGAAUUUAAAAAAAUCGUCAAAUCAUUUGACACCGGAUGCGGCGAAGCAACAGCAACAACAAUCGCCGGGUAAUCAACAGGCGAGUCAGCAAAAGACGAUAUUACUAAAAUUUCCGGACACGGAGCAAUUGAUUCUGCAGUUGGGAAACUUAGGCAAGAGCAAUCCCUGCACUUCGGGCUUUCUUAGUCCACCAACCUCGGCUAGCCGUCGUCCUUCGGUGAUGUUCAAUGAAUAUGUGCUGUUGCAUACACCACCUGCUAUAAGUGAACCGUUAACUAUUGCUGGUACAACAACAACAACAAAUGUGACCGAUAAGAGCGGUACAGUGUGUUCGUCGGAGAAAAUGACACAGGCUGGUGAUGGCAGCAUAUGGCAGGUCAAUCUCCCCCAAACAAUCAGUGGCGGCGGCAGCACCAUAGCCAACCCGUACGCUGAUUGCUCCGAACUCGGUAUACACGACGCGAUGACAUGUCAAGAGCUUUUAGCAUUUUCUGUGGCCUUUUCAGCGGCCCUACCCACCGGCCAAAGUACAUUGGAAUCUUUUUACACCUCUUUGGCGCGUUGUGAUCCACACACUGCGGAAGCGUUGAAAAAUCAACACAAUCGUCAACAGACGCAAUUAAUCAAACAGCAGCAACAACAACAACCGAAUGCAUUAACCAAGCGUUUGGAUAAUAAUAGCUCGAACAAUGCCGGCAACAGUGCGAUCAUCCCAACAACGGGCAAUUACAUCGAAGACUAUUCCUGUUGUUAUGAUCUCUAUCAGAAUGCACUCUCACCGCUGGGUGAAAAAAAGCAGCACUCGCGUCCAAUGAAAAUCCUAAUUCAAGUUUAUCGAUGUCUAAUGCGGGUUUGUGGUGUGAUGCGUCGCUACAUCAAGCUGUUGGUGGAGCAUAAAUACUUUCAACAGGGCAUUCUGCUAGCUAUUCUCAUCAAUACACUCUCCAUGGGCAUAGAGUAUCACAAGCAACCCGAUUACUUGACGGCCAUUGUGGAGAAGAGUAAUAUUGUCUUUUCGGCGAUAUUCGCAGUGGAGAUGUUGCUGAAGGUGAUCGCGGAGGGACCGUUUCGUUAUAUUGCAAAUGGAUUCAAUGUCUUCGAUGGCGUUAUUGUGAUACUAAGUGUCGUCGAGAUUUUUCAACAAUUUCGCACAGGCAAUGGUUCACACGGUGGUGGCUCUGGUCUCUCAGUACUGCGUACAUUCCGCCUGCUACGCAUACUCAAACUAGUCCGUUUCAUGCCCAAUUUGCGGAGGCAAUUAUUCGUUAUGCUGCGGACGAUGGACAAUGUGGCGGUGUUCUUUUCGCUACUCGUACUCUUUAUAUUCAUAUUCAGCAUAUUGGGCAUGUAUCUAUUUGGCGGUAAGUUUUGUAAAUUUGUGGACGAUACUGGCAUCGAACGUGAAUGUACGUGUCCAGAAAUAAUCAGCAAACAUCCACAAUGUGAAUGUGAUCGCAAACACUUCAACAACAUAUUAUGGGCCACUGUUACAGUCUUUCAAAUUUUAACGCAGGAGGAUUGGAAUGUCGUGCUAUUCAAUGGCAUGGAAAAGACAAGUCAUUGGGCCGCAUUAUAUUUUGUGGCGCUGAUGACAUUCGGCAAUUAUGUGCUAUUUAAUUUGUUGGUCGCCAUUUUAGUUGAGGGAUUCAGUUCAGAGCGAAAUGAACGUCGCGAACGUGAACAACGCGAAUUGGUGAAAAAGCUACGCGAAGAGACUUUGGCGGAGAACUUCAGCGACGCCAUGUACGAUGAGUCGCGUAGCAGUGAAGCGGACUCGACAUCGACAAAUGAGAGUUACUAUGAGGUACGAAAUCGUUGGCAUAGCGCCGAGGAUGUGCGAAAACUACAAGAUCCCACAGAGUUGAUUUUAGACUCAAAAUGCAAUAUGCAAAAGCAACAACAGCAACAGCAUCAACGUAUGCUCUUACAGCCAACACAAGAUUAUCAAAUCAAUGAGAGUUACUUAAGUGGUGUUGGUGGUGGAAGCAGUGGUUCGGGUAGCGGCAGUGGGCGUAAGUCCAGCGAUAAAGACGGUGGUAGUAGUAAAAUAAUGAUGGAUGAUGAUAAAAUAAAGAAUUUAAAAAAGACAUAUUCUAUAAGAGAGCGUCGCGGUGAUGCACCACGCCUUUCACGUAUACGCCCAUUGCGUGAACCGCCCAUAAUUACUACGACCGCCGCAACGCCACAAGACUCACCAAACACCACACUCGAGGGUGGCAUGAGUUUUCGCAGUUGGAAUCCACAAGAAUUGGAAGCAAACGCCGACGGUGGGGCUGGCAAUCAGUGCCCCGGCUCGCCCUCACUUCUCAGACCACCGACCAUCUUCAGCGGCCAACGUUCUCUCGACGAGGGCAUACCGUCAAUUGAUCUGAUACCACCAUCACCCGUAUUAACGCACAAGCCCUUGAAUAUACUGAAUGCCAGCCAACUACAACAGCAACAACAACAACAACAACAACAAGGAAGCAAUACUAACCUAAGCAGCUGUAAUUUAGUGACAAACAGUAGUAGUUUACUCCCUAGUGCCCUAAGUAGCAAUAGUAGUAUGCAUAGCGUUGUCAUAGAUGAUAUAUCAAAGAGCGCCGACACCAGCCCAUCGGGACCGAUCUUUGUGCCAACAACCAUCUCAACAUUAUCCACGCCUGGCAUGCCGCUAACCCCGGGCACCGGCAGCAAUGGCGCUGUCGGUGGUAGUGGUAGUGGUAUUGGUGUUGGCGGAGGAUGUAGUGGUGGUGGCGGCAACGCAGUGAGCAGCAUCGAGUUAUCGCCACUGAACGCCGCCGUUGUCGUUACCACAGGUGCUACAAUAUCGACAGCGACCACCGCAACAGCUGCUGCGAGCAGCAGUUUGGAUACACCGCCGCCGCCGCUCACACUGCCUUCAGCUUCGGCUUCGGCAAUAUCAACAAUCAGCCCCUCCUCACUGUCCGGCAUGCAACGCAUACCGAGUUUAAAGCGUUUUAGGCGCAGCAGCUCGAAGCGUAAAACUAAGGCCGCCACAGAUGCCGGUAGUGGCGCCGAAGAUGACGAACAGCAGCAACUAAACAAUGGCAGUGACAAUUCGUGUCUGUUGGCGCCACAAAGCAAUGGCAGCAGUUCGCUACGUUCCGAUGCCUUUCUCAGUCCGUCGGCACCGCGCACGCCUUCCAGCGGCGCUACAUUGACGGCAAACAAUCAGACGAAUCAACAUAAGACGAAAGACACGAAUCGUUUGAGUCCGCAAAACUCAAUACGCCGUCUCUCGACCACCCUGAGUAUUGGCAGUAUACCGCCGUUGGGUAGCCGUCGUGCCUCUGCCUGCAUCUUUAACUCGCAACUCUAUCAAAAUCUAAAUCAACCGCCCAAAUUGUACGCACCAACGGCUGCCCAUCGUCGUAUGUCUUCGUUCGAGUUGGCCUUCAGCAAAAGUUCGCAAUUGAAUUUGCACAAUUUGGAAGCGAAUCGAAAAUCGAUGUCUUAUACGAACUCUAAACUCGAUUUGGAUAAGUGGCAUAUGAAUUUACCGGAAUCGGAUAUGUUACAACAAUACAUGCAGGAACGGGAAAAACGUAAAGGUUCCAUUAGUCAAUACACGCGGCAGCAACAGCUACUGCAGAAACAACAAAAGGAACGUGAACAAGAAGAAUCACAACAAGUGAGCUUGGGACAGCAGUCGAAUAUGCAGAGCUCUGAGCAUAUGAGUAAAUUUCAAAUCCUCAUUGAACGUUUAAAACCGACGAACCUCACCGAGCAGCGGGAGACAUACUCGCUGUACAUAUUCGCGGAGGAUAAUAGGUUCCGUGAGCUCUGUUCGUGGUUUGUUAAUCAGAAAUGGUUCGACAAUGUUGUCCUGCUGUUUAUCGCACUCAAUUGUAUUACCUUGGCUAUGGAACGACCAAAUAUACCGCCAACAAGUAACGAACGUUUAUUCCUUGCCACAGCCAAUAAUGUGUUCACAGCCAUUUUUACAGUGGAAAUGCUCAUUAAGGUUGUGUCUACUGGCAUGUUCUAUGGAUCUGAUGCAUAUUUCACAUCCGGUUGGAAUAUUAUGGAUGGCUCAUUGGUUACAAUAUCAAUUAUUGAUUUAUUAAUGUCAUUGUUUAGCCAAUCGAGCUCUAAAAUAUUUGGGAUUUUAAGGGUGUUUCGACUACUUCGUUCCCUACGGCCGCUGCGUGUGAUCAACCGCGCCCCGGGUCUGAAAUUAGUCGUGCAAACGCUCUUAUCGUCCCUACGUCCCAUCGGCAACAUAGUGCUGAUCUGCUGCACAUUUUUCAUCAUAUUCGGCAUCUUGGGCGUGCAACUCUUCAAGGGCACCUUCUUCUAUUGUGAGGGUGAAAAUUUAAAAGGGGUAAACACCAAGGCAGAUUGCUAUGCACGUGGUUAUGAGUGGAAGAAUCGCAAGUAUAAUUUCGAUGAUCUUGGCAAUGCGUUAAUGUCAUUAUUCGUAUUGAGUUCACGUGAUGGCUGGGUGAAUAUUAUGUACACCGGUUUGGAUGCAGUUGGUGAAGAUCUCCAACCGAGGGUUAACUACAACGAAUGGCGUCUACUGUAUUUCAUUGCAUUCAUAUUGCUUGUCGGCUUUUUUGUACUCAACAUGUUUGUCGGCGUGGUAGUGGAGAAUUUUCAUCGUUGCCGAGAGGAGCAAGAGAAGGAGGAGAAGAUUCGACGUGCUGCCAAGCGUGCAUUACAAAUGGAGAAGAAACGUAGACGUAUGCAUGAGCCACCUUAUUAUAUAAAUUAUUCACCAACACGCAUGUUCAUCCAUAAUGUGGUUACGUCGAAAUACUUCGAUUUAGCUAUUGCUGCUGUGAUCGGUUUAAAUGUGGUCACCAUGGCUAUGGAGUAUUACAGUAUGCCAGACGUGUUGGUGUAUACAUUGAAGGUGUUCAAUUACUUUUUCACGGCAGUAUUUAUAUUGGAAGCGAGCAUGAAGGUAUUGGCGCUCGGUUGGCCGCUUUACCUGAAGGAUAGAUGGAAUCAACUUGAUGUGGGGAUUGUUUUGUUAUCGGUUUUUGGUAUUAUACUUGAGGAUUGGAGUACGCAGAAAUUUCCAAUUAAUCCGACGAUAAUACGUGUGAUGCGUGUGCUGCGUAUUGCGAGAGUCUUGAAGUUACUCAAAAUGGCCAAGGGUAUACGUGCGCUGCUCGACACGGUGAUGCAGGCUUUGCCUCAAGUCGGUAAUUUGGGCCUGCUCUUCUUUUUGCUCUUCUUCAUUUUCGCCGCCCUUGGCGUGGAACUGUUCGGUCGGCUGGAAUGCUCCGAAAGGAAUCCAUGUCAGGGCUUAGGUGAACAUGCACAUUUCGCCAAUUUCGGCAUGGCUUUCCUCACAUUGUUUCGCGUAGCGACUGGCGACAACUGGAACGGCAUCAUGAAGGAUACACUGCGAGAGGACUGUGAUGAUGCGGAUGAUUGCGUGCGCGAUUGCUGCGUUAGCCGGGUCAUAGCUCCAAUAUUCUUUGUGAUAUUCGUUCUAAUGGCGCAGUUCGUAUUGGUGAAUGUCGUCGUGGCUGUACUGAUGAAACACCUCGAGGAGAGCCACAAACAGAUGGAAGACGAAAUGGACAUGGAAGUAGAGCUAGAGCGUGAACUUGUGCGCGAGCAGGAGUUUGAGAGCGAACAGAAGUUGUGUCAGCAGUUGGAACAGCAAACGCAACCGCCGCCACCAGCGCGCCAGCUGAAUAAGAUUAAAUCAUUGCCGAAGAAUUUUACCUACAGCACGCCAUCGCUGGACAAAAAAUUUCCAAGCGUGCUGAGCGGCAUCGGUGCUGGUGUUGGUAUUGGUGUAGGUGUAAGUGCCACUGGUAUUGGUGGCCGCCGCCAAACUGUGCAAUAUUUCAAUCAACCAAAUAGCAUUGGUUUGGCCGAACUGGGACGCGGCACACAAAUUGGCACCGCACAAGGUGUAGGUAUUGGUGUUGGUGCUGCUGUUGGUGUUUCUGGUGGUGGCGGCAGUGUUGGUGCAACGCAAGCGCUUAAUGCGCGCCUUAACACAACGGCUGCGGAGAACAACUUCGAUACAAAACUCCAACUUCAACCGACAGCGGGUGCGCUGGGACGACGUGGUCGCCGUAGUUCGACCGCGUUCCGUAGUAAACGCGGUCUGCUCGCCAAAGAGCGCUCUCUCGAUGAGCAGGCCAUACGCCGAGGCACGCUCGAAUCGAAACGCAUGAGUUGCGAUUCGCUACCCUGGGGUGGCGAUAGCAUCGAUUUUCGGCGUGGCACGAUAUUCGAAAGCUUAGAGUCGGAUGGCGCCGGUAGCCCCUCGUCCACAUACGAUGUACGCAGCAUACGCAGCGAAGACGUAGCAGCGACGGCAAAUGCAACAGCGCGCAGUAGCGGUGCUUCUGAUGCGUUAAGCAUUGUCAGUGCAAGUGUAAUUAGUGAAAAGAUCACAACACCGAUAACGGCGCCCCUAGCAACAACUGCCGCAACAGCGGCUCUACCAUUAAGUGGCGCCUUGGCGAGUGCAACAGCGCCGCGUCGUGUUUACGGACGCUCAUUAUCCACCGAUCAAGCCGCACAGACCAGUGGUGGACUGAGUAGCGGACGCGGUAAUAGUGGCGGAUUAUUGUCUGUGCCGCGUAGCAUGCCACCACGUAGUCGUAGCGGUAGUACAAAACAACUAUUCAAACAACAAGCACUCGAUGAAGAUCCCGAUAUGGAUGAGAAUACAUUGCUAUUGCCAAUUGUCGCCGAGAAUAGCUGUGAUGGCAAUGCAACAACUACCAGUAGUGGCAUCAUAGCUACUGACAGUGGCAAUAGCAAUGGGCAUGGUAAUAAUGGCAAGCUUAUAAAUAAUAAUACAUCUAACGGUGCUAAUAAUCGAACUACAACUGCCAAUGUCAAUGGCGCUGCUGCAGCUGCUGCUGUUAGCGCCGGGGAACAGAUUGCUUUAAGCAAAUCUGACUCGGCCGAUAUAAUGCGUAUAAUAUCGGAACGCAGACGCAUGGAUCAGCGUGACAAUAGUGGCAAUGAGGAUUCAGACUAUAAGGAGUUGUUAUUGGUGAAAUCACCGCACUCCUCCACUGAUGGCUAAAAGGAAUUAAAUAUUAAAAAUAAGCUAGCUAGUAAAUAGUAUACAAAAGAAUAAAGAUGUGUAUAUAUAAAAGUAGAUCUACAUAUGUAUGUAUAAGUACUAUAUAAAUGGAAUUUUAGUACAUAUUUAUAUAUAUAGAGUUAGAAGUUACAAUAAAUAAUAUAAAUAUGUAAAAACUAAUCCUGUAAAGGAUUUCGGACUCCGGUAUAAAUAAACGAGAGUACUAAUUGGGGUUAAGUAUUCCGUAUUUCAUAUAUGUACUCGACAAAGGAAUGCUAGUCGGCUCAGAUAGAUAGCAAAGUUAGCAUCUGAUGUCUUCUUUUAUAUUAUACCGAAUGUGUUUCGGACAUGAAUUCACUUUGAGUAAAUUUUUUUUUUAAAUAAUGCUGACAUUCACUUUAUUUCAAAUUAUAAUUUGCUCACGGACUAAAGUUUAUUAUCUUACAAUCUGUUGAUCAUUUAUAAAAACGACUUCAAAUUAUUCCACUUCUAAGUUAUGAAAAAGUAUAUUACGUAGUUUCGGGCUUUAACUCUUCGAUUUUUCUUUUCUUUUAUAAAUCACUAUCAAAGUAUUCCACUUUUGAAUGAUUAGAAACUGUACAAUUGACUUAAAUGUACUUUCGUGCUUUUAAUUACCAAUUUUUUUCUUAUAUAUAUCACUAUUUUCACUACUUUUCUCAAAUGCUUCUAUUUCGUUUUUUUUUCACCACAACGCCGCUUCACUACUAACAUGUUUCGUUAACUUGUGAGUCACAAAGAUGUCAAAGUAAUAUAAAAAUACUUUUUCUACUUUUCCAUAAACAAAGAAAGCUCUGUAGCUACGAUCAAGGACAUGUGCCAACUUUUAGGGAAUUUUCUUAGCUACACUGCUAACUGAGAGUAAUAUAGCACUAAAACUAAGAGAUCUAUUCACAAAUAUGAAAUACUAUUGAAGAAAAGCAGAGCUCGUGCAAAAUUAUAAUAAAAAUAAAUAAAUAAAUUACAGUAAUGUUAAGAGUAUUUAAACUAAAUAUAUAUAUAAAUAUGUGUACAACUGUUAGCAUGAAUGUUUAACACGUAAAAUUCAUAAAAAAUAAUAUUCAAUAAGUAGGUGUGAGCAUGCAACACUGAAAAAAAACAACAAACUGUUAAAAAUAUGUCUCUAAAAAUCAUCAACUCUGUGAUUAGCUGUAAAAAGAAAGAAGAAAAACUAAUUGAUUAAAAAUCAUAGCUCAAUGAAGUAGAGAAAAUUAAUAAUAUAUAUGUAUAUACAUACGUAGCCAAAAAAUUAAAAUUAAUGAUUUACAAAUGUAUGCGUGUAAAUUGAUUAUUAAAUGCGUUUAAAGAAUAUAUGUAUGAAAACUUAUAAACAAACACGUGUUGCUGCUAUAGAUUUGUUCCACUAGUUCAAUUAGCGACAAUUUAUCGAUUAUGAUUAUCGAUUGCUAUUAGUUAAGAGAUAUUUAAGCGCAUAAUCUUCCUAAACUAAUGUUGCAAAAAGCGUAUAAAUUACGAUACCAAAAAGAAAGUAGUGAAAAAUUUGUGUUUAGAUUUAAGUUUAGUUAGCAUUCAAAGGAAAAUAUGUAGCAAAAAUAUAUGAGAACAGUUAUGUUAAAGAAUUCAUUGCCGCACAGACAAAGUUAAAACUUUACUUUUACUAAAUAUUAAAUUUAUUUUAUUAACUUAAUAAGUUUGUAUGUGUGUGUAUGUAGUAAACAAUAAGUGCGGUUGUUGUCAACGAAACGCAUUACAGGAUUGUAUUAUACAUAUGCAUAUAUGUAUGCAAUAUUAGGGCUAAGCGAAAAAAAAAACGAUUAUAGAAAUUAUUACUGUUUAAGCACUCGAGAGUGCUGUAAAGUAUUUGAAAAUAUUACAAAAAAAAAACAUACAGAAAUGUUGCAAAUAUUAUAAUAAAACGAAGAUAAUUAAAAAAAUAAACAAAAAAGCGCAUACAUUUUUCUCCCUGAAAUGUCUUCCUCAUCUACAUACAUACAUAUGAACAAAAGUAAGAACUAAAAAAGGAAAAAGGCAAAAAUGUUCCAAAAUCUACUAUUAAUAUUAUCCACAUUUAAAAAAGUAAACAAAAAUAUUUAAAUAAAAUUUUCAGACAAACUUUGUAAAAUAAAACUUGUUAUACGCCAAUUUCUGAAAAUUCAGCAAAAUUUAGUUAUUCAAACGAAGCAUAUAAAACUGUUCAUAGCCAAAGAAAAAAGUGUAAAUAUAUUAACAAUAAGUGAAGUACGUAAAAAAAGAAGAGUUGGAAAAUUAAUAUUUGUUAAUUGUUAUACGGCGUAUAUUCGAAUAAAAUUUUGAUUUCGACAAAUGACAAUCCUUU